GUGACGGACGGUUGUCGCAACCGCUCUUCAUAGCGCACCUUGAGAGGAGCCAACAGAGCAAACGACGCUCGUCGUACUAACCAUCUCAUUCAUUGCACAUUAAUCAAUUAAUUUAACGCGCUCCAGCCACUAGUGGUACGCGAACAAUUGACUCCUUUUACAAGAGAGAGAGACACGGAAGCCUGUAAUGACAAGUAAAAUCUGAACGAUGUUACAAAAAGGUGAUCUUGAAAAUGAGCGAACUGUGCACAGAGCGCGCUUAGCAAACUUCUUCGCUGACAACAAGUGACAUUUUCUCAGGACGACAUCGUGGCAGGCUGACAAACACCACGAUGAAGCAGCUCUUUAACGGGGAGACAACGCUCUGUUUAGCGGUGCUGAUGAGCCUCUCGACUUUGGGUCAUGGUCUGAGGGUCUCGGGCAUCGGCGUGCCGUCGGUCGUGACCUCGGGGUCGACGGUCAAGCUCAUGUGCAGCUACGACCAGAGGAAGGACCGAGACGACCCGCUCUACUCCCUCAAGUGGUACAGGGGCGUCGACCAGUUCUACGAGUACAUGCCGGGCAAAGUGCCCCCUGUCCGGGUCUAUCCACUCCCCAAUCUUAACGUAGAUAAAAAACAGAGCGAUAAAGCAACGGUAGUCCUGACGGGGGUGACGAAGGACACUUCGGGGACCUUCCGCUGCGAAGUGGUCGGCGACAAACCGCACUUCGAGACCGAUGACUAUGCGGAGAACAUGACGGUGCUCGAGGUGCCUCAGUGGGGUCCUAAAAUCCUCAACGUAGUACAAAGCAACAUAGGCAACCGGGUGAGACCGGGUGACGAGGUGCACGCCCAGUGCGAGGUGGGGCCCUCCGACCCCCCGGUCACCUUUCUCUGGUCCCUGAAUGGGAAUCCGCCCCCGCCCCACGCCGGAGUCUGGACAGCCGAGCCUUUGGAGGACGUGGUGCAGCCGCAACAGACUACGGAACUUCGAAUGAUCGUCACGGAGGACUCUUUCAAAAGAGGAGCAAUGACCUUGACUUGCGAGGUCACCCUCUCGAGUGUUUACCAAAGGUCAGCUCACCUGACCCUCCUCCACGCUGACCACAAACAGGCCGGGGAAUUCGGGUGGUUCUCGUCAGGGUCGUCGAUCUGGUUUUCACUUGUCCUGGUGGAGGCGACGAUGGGCGCUCUGUGUUUGCUGCUCAUAUGCUGAGGUCUGGCAGCCGCGUCUACGACAGCGAAAAUAAAAACCCAUUUCUAACAUGAAUCGAUGAACCAGAUGGCACACAGAAAAGCAGGAAAGCUCUCAUAUCUUACUCUGUAGACUGAUUCGUGCACCAGGAGUCUCUGUCAGUGACGGGAAAGAAGUGACACUUGAAAGAGGUUUUCAGUGCUACAGAAAAGAGUUGACAGAGCUACUGCAGAUGUAGCAAGUAGAUCAGAGGUGACUGUUCUAGUACGAGUGACGUCCCUUUUAGGAUGAAGUAUACAAUCAAUAAACGAUGAAAAAUCAAGUGAUUUAUGGGACUUAGAUAUUUCUAUGUGAAAGAAUGCAUAACAUAUAACGAAACCUAAAAAAAGUGUUUUAGUCUAAUUGAAAAAUGAACAAGAAAACAGGUUACAAAGUGAAAAGACCACAGAGUAAAAACAGUGCGCAAUUUACUAUACCAGAACAACUAGUCGAAGUGACAUCUCGGUUGGUUGGUCGAAAUCCAGAGGUCUCCAACGGGCUUCUUGUUUACUGUGACACCAUACAAUUGCUCAUGGGCCACCAAUGUGCAGAGGCUUGUGCUGGCAUAAGGCGGUCUUGAUCUUCAAGAAAACUAUGAAUUAAGUGAAAGAUUCAAAGUAAGUUACAAAUAUUCAGAAAAUGUUCAGUUUUGAGAACCCACGUGAAGUUGAAGUAAGAUUCAUUAUUCUUUAAAACCUCGAAUGACUUUGUUUGUGUUCGUUAUGAUUGACGAUCCUGUUCCUAAUUUGCCUCUUAUUGGUGAGAUUUCCUGAAAUGGAUUUGAAUGACAAUGUCACAAUCAAGUGGCUUACGGUGAAGCGAAGAAAAAACUUGACGGAUAAUGUUUUACGAGUGGAGGGAACGUCAGAAUCAUAAAAAAAUGUAACAAAGCAAAAGUGAAACACUUUUUCCCUUUCUCCUCAUAUCAGUUGAAAGUUCUUUGAUAAAAAAAAGUCAUUCUUGAUGAUUAUGAGAUUAGCCUCACAUCAAAUCACUAAUCAUCAGAUCUUGAACGCUGACCUGUCAAUCGUUGAAAAUAGAUCGUCAGUUGAAUUGCUCAUAAGAAUCAAGCUACUUCUCCUUCAUAAAAAUCACACGGUUGUACCUUUUACCAAGCUCUAAAGAAUUAAUUGGCGUCUGGGCUUUGCCUUAUUGUACCCAGGGUUGAAAUAACCCCUAUGACACUACAUACGCAUACAAACACAUAAAUACACCUACACAUACACAUAUAAAUGGUACAUAGCUUCGCAUAAUUAUUUGUAUUCACAUUAUAUUUUAUGAAACGCAUACUGUCGCAAUAAUGAAAUAUUAAAAUACCAGUGUGAUUCAUAUAACGUCAGGGGUCACAGGCUUUAUAAUUUUCUCAACAGAAAGUCUACAAUUGUCUUCAGAAGUACUACAUACUGUUUUAUGACAUACAGUAAAUUUGAGCAGUAGGCGAAACCUACUGCUUACUCAAUGAUAUAUUUCGAUCAACUUGACCUUCACAAAAAAAAAUAAUAAUAAUAAAUAAAUAAAUAAAAAAUAAAUAAAUAAAUCACAAAAAAUGUUUACGACUAAAGCUUAUUCGCAAUUGAGUUAUCUCGCACUUGAAACUUUGUACACAAAUAACUUCUUUCACAUUAAACAGAUGCUCACAACCUCUUAUACUCAUAAGGUAUCAAAUUCAUCCAUUCUUCAACCUUGCAAACUGAACCAACGCAGCUGAAUAUAAUUUGGCAAAACGGAUAUCACUUAAUAAAAGGUCAAAUCAUGACUUCGGGUAUGUUUUUUUUUUUUUUGCUAUCAAAAUUUUUUAAACGAUUCAACUACUUCGAAUAAUCAAGAAUCCGCUGGGGCAAUCACGCAUCUAUAUUUCUAUGUUGUUACGCCAGUUUUAGUAGCCAUAUCACUCAAUUAUAUUAAUAAGACAAUUACAUCGUCCCUUUUUCAGCAAAGUGUCGAAUAUGCAUUUUGAAAUAUUUUUCCAUUAUCUGCAUAGACAGUGAUAUCAUGAUUGACUUCCUGUUUCAGCAAAGUAUCAAGUUUGUGUCUCUCACCAUCCAGGAUGUAUGGUGAGACAGACUCGCUUGAUGCUUUGCUGAAACAGUACUUCAAUGAUAAACUCACCGUCGAUGCAGAUAACAAAAAAACAUUUCAAAAAUACAUAUUCAACACUUUGCCAAAAAAGGGAGGACGUUUCCGCGCCUCGUUUAUACUUGAGAAACAUCUCUGUUUAGGAUAGUAACUAUUAUUUCCUAAAUAUAUUGCAUUGAAACGUUUAAAAUGUUCAUCU